AUGCAACCUAAAUUGAAACUCGGUCCACGUAAGAUUGGAGUUCAGGGUCCGUCGAUCAGAAAGAGAGAAUCACCGAAAGAACCUCAAUUCACCCGAGAUGAGAUAGCGGAACUGAAACGGCUCAGUUCAAUGCUUCCACCUCGUGCAGCGAAGGAGCAAGAUCCUGCUCAACUUGUGCUGAACGCCGCCAACUACAUCCAACAACUCGUCGCAACCGUAGAAGCACGAGUUCACAACGGAACACUUCCAAUCGAAGCGCUUGCGGCUCUACCGCCUGGUUCCGCACGACCUACCAGAGUGCCUGGACAGAAAAAGAAAAGGCGGUCAAUCGAAAAACAACACUAA